AAUGGCAGUUUUCUCUGAUCGAAGAGGUGUCGCCACGUAUGAGGGGAACCGUGGAACCGACAUGCAAUGUCAAAACAAACCAUGAAGGAGGACGAAAUACUGACAAACUCGCAAGAUAUCAUGGACGAAACGUUAAACAUGGACCUCGCUAUCAAUCCGGAAAGACAGAGAUUCCCAUUUUGUAUCGUCUGGACUCCGCUACCGAUUUUAACGUAUUUUUUACCAUUCAUCGGUCACAUGGGCAUCGCCACUUCUACCGGUGUGAUACGAGAUUUCGCGGGCCCCUAUCAUGUGUCCGAAGAUAAUAUGGCAUUUGGGAAACCUACGAAAUAUUGGCAAUUAAAACACACCAAAGCCAAAGGGCAUAUUCAAGGAUGGGACUCGGCCGUUUCGGAAGCCAGUGAAAUUUACAAGACCAGAAUGCACAAUUUAUUUUGCGACAACUGUCAUUCUCACGUGGCCACGGCGUUGAAUUUAAUGUCGUACGAUAAUUCGAACAGUUGGAAUAUGGUCAAGCUAGCUUUCCUCAUGUUCGUGUACGGAAAAUACGUAAGUUUUCUAGGUUUCCUUAAAACAUGGUUGCCGUUUUGUCUGCUCAUUACCGCCAUCACAUUGUUCUGCCUGUUUCUGCGGUAAUUUUGACGCAGAUUUAGUAAAAUUUGUCCCGGUGGCGUUCAAGUCACGCGUCAGAGA